AUGACAGACCCGAAUGCCAAGUACCAAAUCGAUGCUCCCAUUGAGAAGGCCUGCUUCCCCGGUGACGCCCUGGUGACGCUCAUGGACCCGGCCACCGGCGGCGUCACCCGCCGCGCACGCAUGGACGAGCUGCGCAUCGGUGAUGCGGUGGAGUGCCUGAUGCCAGCGGCGAGGCGGGGGCCGGGGCUGUUCAGGGAUAACGAGCAGCGCUACGUGAGGGGCGUGUGCCACGUGUUCAACUACCACGACGUGGACGCGGACUCCACCCACUCGUUUGUGGCACUCCACUACACCGACGCCGCCGGCCGCCCCGCCAAGCUGCGCGCCACCAAGGAGCACGUUGUCUACGUCGCCCCCACCAACCUCGGAGCGGCUGACAGCGACGAUGACAGUGGCGCAGCGACCGUCACCGAGCUGCCGCCCGGCGGUUUCGGCAGGCGGGCAGACAUGGUGGCCGUCGGGGACUUCCUGGCUGUCAAGGGGAAGGAGGAGGGAAGCUUCUUCUACGCGCGCAUUGAGGCGAUCACCAGGGAGGACCACAGGGGCGCCUACGCCCCCUUGCUCACACACGCCGGCCUGCCCAUCGUCGACGGCGCCGCAGCCUUCGCCUGGGCCCACUUGCCGGAGCGAGACCCCCACCCCGCGCAGAACCUCGGGGAGUUCUACAGGCACAUCCGCCUUGUGAAGGAUUUCAACGACUCCCUCGCCUCUGGCUGCGCCGGCGCCGCCUGCCCCUGCCUCGAUGCGCCCGACGACGCGGGACGGCCGUGCGUGCGGCUGGGUGACCGCCUGGCGGACCUGCCAGCUGGCGCGAGCGACUUUGCUGAGAGGACCAUCGACGUUUGGCAGAGGGCCAGCUCCGAGGGGCGCACCUUCUGGGACUACGAGCGCGGCAUCAAGCUUGGCAGGUUCUGGGAAGCUUCCCGCCUGACCCAGUGGGCGGCGGUCAACCUGCUCAGGCUCAAGCCCCACACGUUUGCUCUGUGGGCCACAGAUUUUCUGAUGGUCAAGCCAAAAGAUGGGACCAUCGGAUUUGAGCCCGACGGCAACUGGGCGCCCGCCCUGCCCGCCUCGUCUUGA